GAAAUAAUUAGCACGUGUUGUGCUGGGCUGUCAAUUGUCAUUUUCAAUUUAUUUUUAGGUUAUGAUAUUUUGCACUGACGUUUUGAUGAUUUCACCUUUGUAAUUAUCUAAUAUCUGUUAAUAUUGUAGUAUAUUUAAUAUUUUUAGCGGUUUUUAUUAAUUGUUUAUUCAUUAUGGAAGUGGAUUCUACCGAAAAUGAAAGCUUUACAGUUGUUAAAACUGAGGACGAGGAGAAAAUAAAACCGUCUUUAAGUGGCGAGGUAUUAUUUCCUACUGAAUCGAGAUUUGCUGGUAUCAGAAAUAAAGAAGUGCGAGCUCAACAGUAUCAGAAAUUAAAACGUGAGAGAAAAAAGGCAAAAAAGGAAGCAAAGAAAACAAGAGAAAAAGAAGGUAUACCUAAAAAGACACCCCAUACUAUUGACAGUCUCAGAGAAAAGGAUGAAACUACCAUAACAGAUUUAAAUGCUGAAGAAAAUGAGCUAAUUCGUGAUGAUUUGGAACAAGAUGAGUUUAGUGAUUAUUUCAAACAAUCUUAUGAUCCUAAAGUAUUGAUUACCUAUUCUGAUAAUCCAAUGAAGAAAACUAGAAUUUUUGGAAGAGAACUCACCAGAAUUAUUCCUAAUUCAGUGUCCUUAUACAGAAACAGGUCAGGUGUUAAAAAAAUUGUAAGAAGUGCUAUUAAGAAAGGAUACACUGAUGUGUUAGUUGUGAAUGAACACCGUAAAGAACCAGAUGGACUUUUAGUAAUACAUUUACCUGAUGGUCCCACAGCUCAUUUUAGAGUCAGUAAUGUGAAAAUAACUACUGAACUUAGAAAAAAUCAUAGAGAUAUAACUGCUCAUAGACCUGAAGUUGUUUUGAACAAUUUUUCAACCAGGUUGGGUCUUACAGUGGGAAGAAUGCUUGGAGCACUGUUUCAUUAUGAUCCAGAGUUUCAAGGACAGAGAGCUGUUACUUUUCAUAAUCAAAGAGACUAUAUUUUUUUCAGACACUACAGAUAUGGUUUUGAUGCGAAUGGUAAAAAGUGUAGGCUCAAGGAACUUGGUCCAAGAUUUACUCUAAGAUUGAAAUCAUUGCAAAAAGGAACAUUUGACAGCAAAUAUGGUCAGUAUGAAUGGAUAAUUGAUGGGAGGCGUCAUUCUAUGGAAACCAGCAGAAGGAAAUUCAAUUUGUAAAUUUGUUAUAUUAAAUGUUGAUUGCAAUAGAAUUUAUUGCCAAACUGUAAAUUAAUUAUUGAAUAAUAAAGAAUAAAA